CAGGGCCGCCGCCAGGUGUCGACGGAGAGCCGGCCGCCCGCGCGUCCCUUAAAGGCGAGCCGGUGACCCGAGCCCGGCCGGGCUCAUUGCGCGGAGCCCCGGGUCGGUGCCGCGUCGUUUGCUCCAUGAGGCUGCCGCGAUGGAGGACGGCUCGGGCCCCGGGGAAGGCUCUCCGCGCGGAGCCUCGGACGAAGCGCUGCUCUCGGGGCUCUUCUCGCUGGCGCCGGCGCUGAAGGUCGACUAUGCCCUGAGUCUCACCCGCGGCGCGGAGCUGCUGAUGCGCCGGCGGGACUCCCCGCCGGGCAGCCCGGCCACCCGCCUGCUGCUUUCGGACUGCAUCGGCUGCUACGCUUUCCAGAGCAAGGGCCAGCCGCCGCCGGCCGCCUACUUCACCGUCUUCUGCUACCCGCGCAAGAAGAGCUGGUGGGACGCCGGCGAGCCCCGGCGCAGGCUGGCCCGCACCUUCCGCGUCUUGGCCUCCCAGGAAGCCGAAGAAAACCGAGCCGUCGCCGAGACCUGGGCUCGGACCAUCAGGGAGCUCUCCGCCCCGCUGAUCCCCAAGCUGGAAGCAGCACUAUAUGGACGCCUCCCUCAACCCUGUCAAGUGAUGGUGUUGUUAAAUCCACACAGUGGGUCCGGCCAGGCACUGCAUCUGUUCAAGACCCAAGUGCAGCCAAUGCUGACAGAAGCAAACAUUGCAUUCAGCUUGUUUAUAACUGAGAAACACAACCAUGCUUGGGAGCUGGUGAGGGAGGAGAACUUGUCCAGGUGGGAUGCCUUGGUCACUAUGGCUGGGGAUGGCUUGCUGUAUGAGGUGAUAAAUGGACUGAUGGAGCGUCCUGACUGGGAGACUGCCAUCCAGAAGCCUCUUGGCAUCCUCCCGGCAGGCUCUGGAAACGCCAUUGCUGCUUCUCUCAAUUACUAUGCUACCAAGACCUGCCUCUUGAAAGAGGAACUGCUGACAAGCUGCACGUACUUCCUAUGCAAAGGCCUGCACACUCCCCUGGAUCUUGUGUCCCUACAUACUGCCUCAGGGAGGCACCUAUACUCCUUCCUCAGCUUUUGCUGGGGUUUCAUCUCUGAUGUUGACAUCACCAGCGAGAGAUACCGCAAAUUAGGGAGCGCCCGCUUCACCCUGGGCACGCUGCAACUCCUCACCACGCUUCACGUCUACAAGGGUCGUCUCUCCUACCUGCCUGCUGAAGAGACGAGCUCUGUAUCCUCACAGGGGGAGCAGAGCACCCUUUCAGCACAGGAUGUCAACCAAGUCUCCUUCUGCAAUGGGAAGCCGGUUUCUGCCCGCCCUCAGCGGGGCUGUGUGCUUGAGGACACUUUGCUGGUACCCUUCGACCAGCCAGUUCCCAAAGACUGGAUUACAGUGCCUGAGGAGGAGUUUGUCUCCAUUGUUUGUAUCUAUCAGUCCCACCUGGGAACAGACCUUAUUUUGGCGCCCCCAGCCAAGCUAUAUGACGACGCCAUCCACCUCUUCUAUUUGACUGCUGGGGUUUCCAGGAUGGCAAUGAUCAAAUUUUUCAUGGCCCUGGAGAAAGGGACCCAUUUGACUCUCAACUGCCCAUACCUCCACUAUACACCUGUGAAAGCCUUCCGACUCGAACCCUCCACACUUAAGGGGCACAUGACCGUGGAUGGGGAAGUGCUGGCAUGUGAGCCAGUGCAGGGCCAAAUUCACAGACAGCUUUGCCGUAUCAUCAGUGGUUCCUGAGUGUGUUGGAGACAUCCAAGAAGCAACAUCUGUGCCAGCAGCAGAAGACUUUGCAGCAUUGUUGUGUGUGUGUGUGUGUGAAUUUAAUGAAACAGUGCCUGUAGCAAGAAACCUCAAACGCUGCAUCUAUCAAGGCAGCAUCAGCUGUGUUUUCAAAUGAUAAUUCUCAGGGCAAACUGGGCCUUCGGAAUAUUUAAUUGCAAUAUUAAUAGCCUACUACCUCUGGUACUAGAAUGGUCCCUCUAUUACUAAGGGGCAGGAAAGAUUCUUUUAUAGUCUCCCUGUUCACUUGGUGAAGAGAUGAACAAACCAGAUCUCUCCUUGAAACCAAAGGCAAUAGUGGAUUACCCUUCUAAGACCAAAGCCCAAUGGAAGAGGGCUAAUGUAAGGGACAUGACACCAUUCCCACCUAGCGAGCCUUUGGCUGAAUCUAUUGACAACUUUUCGUCCCCUACAUUUUGUAAAGAAGAGUGUGCUUUUUUACAAAGACACAAAGUUGUUUGUAGUAGAUUAUAUUCUUAUAGAGAUGAAAUAAAAGAUCUACAUUUUUUCAAAAAUGAA